UUUGACAGAUCAGUGAUUGCUGUCCUUGAGUGUCAUCGGAAUUUGGACAUGGAUCAUCAAAAUUCAUAUUAGUGAGCAUAUCCUGCAAGGACGCACUAUGCGAUUUGGUGUAACAUUCAGCAUCUUACGUGUGUUUGCCCACUCCGGCAAGAAUGGACCUCAAACCUGCAGGUGGCGAUGGCAGGGGAAAAGAAGAUUCCGAUCUUUACCAGAAGACAUCAAAUCCCCUCGGCAGGUGGUCAACCCUGACAUAUCAAAAAUCAGAAACAUUGGCAUCAUGGCCCACAUCGAUGCGGGGAAGACCACCACGACGGAGAGGAUGCUGUUUUAUUCCGGCUACACCAGAGCACUGGGGGAUGUGGAUGACGGGGACACGGUGACAGACUACAUGGCCCAGGAGAGGGAGAGGGGCAUCACCAUACAGUCAGCUGCCGUCACCUUCGACUGGAAGCAGCACAGGAUCAACCUCAUAGACACGCCAGGCCACGUGGACUUCACUCUGGAGGUGGAGCGAGCCCUGAGGGUGCUGGACGGGGCGGUGGCCGUCUUUGAUGCCUCCGCUGGGGUAGAGGCCCAGACAUUGACUGUAUGGCGCCAGGCAGAUAAGCAUGAAGUGCCUUGCGUGUGCUUUCUGAACAAGAUGGACAAGCCUGGAGCAAGCCUGGAGCUGUCCCUCCAGAGCAUCAAGGAAAAGCUGAAGGCCAACCCUGUGCUCCUGCAGAUUCCCAUCGGUAGUGGGAGGAGCUUCACAGGAUUGGUGGACCUGAUCAGCAAGCAGCGAAUGGCGUGGCGGGCGACGGGGCGCGAGAACGAUGGACGCGUGUUUGAGGCACGGACCCUGGGCCAAUCAGACGAGCCCGAGCUGAUACAGCAGGCCACAGAGGCCAGAGCCGCCCUCAUAGAACAGGUGGCUGAUCUAGAUGAUGAGUUUGCUGAGCUGCUCCUGGGGGAGUACAGUGAAGACUUUGAUGCUGUUCCUGCUGACAAGCUGCGUGAGGCGGUGCGUCGCGUGACCCUGUCCCGUAAAGGGGUGCCGGUGCUGCUGGGUAGCGCCCUGAAGAACAAGGGAGUGCAGCCCCUACUGGACGCCAUCACACAAUACCUUCCAUCGCCAGACCAGAGACACCAGCAUAUGGUGCGCUGGUAUGGUGAUGACCUGUGUGCGUUGGCCUUUAAGGUGCUGCAUGAUAAGCAGAGGGGGCCGCUGGUGUUCCUGAGGAUCUACUCCGGAACCAUGAAGCCCCAAUCAGCUGUCCACAACAUCAACCGCAACCAAACGGAGCGUAUGAGUCGUCUGCUGCUGCCGUUUGCCGAUCAGCAUGUGGGGAUCCCCUCUCUCACCGCCGGCAACAUCGCCCUCACCGUCGGACUCAAACAGACGGUCACAGGAGACACCAUCGUAUCCUCCAGGGCGUCAGCAGCAGCGGCAGCCAGGCGUGCCCAGAGGGAUGCCCAGGAGAGGAGCACCUCGGCUGGGGCAGACAGGGCUAAGGAGGCCCCUGGGGAGCUGGUCCUGGCUGGGGUGGAGGUCCCCGAGCCGGUCUUCUUCUGUUCCAUAGAGCCCCCCUCUAUGGCCAAACAGGACGACUUGGAUCAUGCUCUGGCCUGCUUGCAGAGGGAGGACCCCAGCCUAAAGGUCCGCUUAGACCCAGACUCUGGACAGACGGUGCUGUGUGGUAUGGGUGAGCUCCACAUCGAGGUUAUCCAUGACCGCAUCAAGAGGGAGUACGGCAUCGAGACACACCUGGGCCCCUUGCAAGUAGCCUACCGAGAGACCAUCCUCCAAUCAGCAUCCGCUACAGACACGCUUGAUCGAGCGGUGGGAGACAGGAAGCACGUGGCCACUGUCGGCCUGUCCGUGCACCCCACGGACGACGCCUCAUCCCCCACUUCCUGUCACGUGACCUUUGACCCGGAUGUGGAAGGUCAUCUUCCCGUGGAGCUGCGGGAGGCAGUGGAGAACGGCGUGCAGAGCUCUUAUCUCCAAGGGCCGUUGCUAGGAUACCCGAUGCAGGGCGUGGAGGCCGUCAUCCAGAGCGUUGCCAUGGAACCAGGAACCUCCGCAGCCAUGCUGGCAGCCUGUGUGUCACGCUGCAUGCUCAAGGCCCUGAGGCAGGCGGGUGGUCAGCUCCUGGAGCCGGUGAUGAGCCUGGAGGUGACGGUGGGGGAGGAGCAUCUGGGGCUGGUGCUGGCCGACCUGGCCCAACGACGAGGCGCCGUGCAGGACGUGCACAGUCGCCACGACAACAAGGUCCUGCUGGCCACCGUACCACUGGCUGAGAUGAUGGGCUACUCUACUGUGCUGCGAACUUUGACCUCUGGGAACGCCACCUUCUCGCUGCAGCUGUCCUGCUAUGAGGCCAUGAACCCCCAGCACCAGUCUGCCCUGCUCAACAAGAUGGCGGGACUGUCGUGACGUGAGACCCAUCACUACCUCUGAUUAGAGUAACAUCAUUUCAGAGGGGUGUACUAAGACGCUUGUUCAGGAGUAAACCAGGUUAAGUUAAGAGGUAUAUGAUUUAAUAGAAGAGCCUGGACUCCUCAUUUUCUUAAAGGGACACUGUGCAGGAAAUGGUCAAAAAAGGUACUGCAACUAUGCUGCUCAUUGAAACUGGGCUGUCUAUCGCCAAAUUUGAUAGUUACAUGAAAGUUUACUAAGUAAUAAACAAAUCUUUUCUAGUAUGGUCCAAGUACAGUCAU